CAGACGGAGUGGGUUUGUGAUGAUCUUGAGGAAUGAAUGAGAAUUGAUUGGAUUCAAUGGCGAGGCCGACGACGGGGAAGCAUACUUCUGCAACUACAAGAUUGAUUUUGGGAUGCGUCCUGCUCUUGGUGCUUGCUCUUGGUGCUGAUUUACUCUGGGCUUCUUCUUCUCGAUUCUAUUCUUCUCUCUCCAUCUCCAACAAUUGGUCCGCUGGUGACUCCCCUUCCACCACAAUAAUCCUGCCACAGCAGCAGCGGCCCCCUUCCCCGCCCCACAAGGCUAAGGGAAAAACUGUUAAAGAUAAGAAUCAAGGUGUUACACCAGAGAGGGUCUUAUCAGCAACUUUUGCUGACUUACCUGCACCAGAACUGAAAUGGGAGAAGAUGGCAGAUGCACCUGUUCCUCGUCUAGAUGGGGCUGCGAUACAGAUUAAGAAUCUUCUAUAUGUCUUUGCUGGUUACGGCACCAUUGAUUAUGUGCAUUCACAUGUUGAUAUAUACAAUUUUACGGAUAAUACAUGGGGAGGAAGAUUUGACAUGCCAAAGGAAAUGGCACAUUCACAUUUAGGAAUGGCAACAGAUGGGAGAUACAUAUAUGUUGUCACUGGACAGUAUGGUCCUCAAUGCAGAGGACCUACAGCUCGGACUUUUGUGCUUGACACUGAGACAAAGAAAUGGCAAGACAUGCCCCCUUUACCAGUUCCAAGGUAUGCUCCAGCUACCCAACUUUGGAGAGGUAGACUCCAUGUGAUGGGUGGCAGCAAGGAGAAUCGACAUACACCAGGAUUAGAGCAUUGGAGUCUUGCUGUUAAGGAUGGGAAACCUUUAGAGAAUGAGUGGAGGAAUGAGAUACCUAUUCCACAUGGUGGACCUCACAGGGCCUGUAUCGUUGUUAACAAUCAUCUUUAUGUUAUUGGUGGUCAAGAAGGUGAUUUCAUGGCAAAACCUGGAUCGCCUAUUUUCAAGUGUUCUCGCAGGGAAGAGGUGGUGUAUGGUGAUGUGUACAUGCUGGAUGAUGAAAUGAAGUGGAAAACUUUAACUCCUAUGCCAAAGCCUGAUUCUCAUAUUGAAUUUGCUUGGAUAGUUGUUAACAAUUCUAUUGUCAUCGUUGGAGGUACAACAGAGAAACACCCUGUGACCAAAAAGAUGGUUCUGGUUGGAGAAGUUUUUCAGUUUAACCUAGACACACAGAAGUGGUCGGUGAUUGGAAAACUUCCUUUCCGAGUGAAGACCACACUGGUUGGUUUCUGGGAAGGAUGGUUGUACUUCACAUCAGGACAGCGAGACAAAGGACCGCAUGAUCCGUCACCAAAGAAGGUCAUCGGAGAAAUGUGGAGAACGAAAUUGAAACUGGCUUCUUGAUUGUCUCCUGCUAAAGUUUUUUUAUUUUUAUUAUUCUUUGGCAGUAUGAUUUCUGCCAAUCCAUCCUUUAUUGUGAUCAAUUUUUUUCCUUCACUUUCUACAUUCUGUACUAUGGUUUAGCAUCAUUCAUUCUUUCUAAUCCUUAGAGGGAGUUCUGCCAUGGCAAUCUGGGAAACACCAUCCGGGAAACACCAUCGAUAGUCGAAAAUCAACUUUCCAUUCAUUGUGUUACUUGUAUAGGUGAAUUACCUUACUCAAUAGGUAACAGCUCUUUCAACUUUGUUUUUGAAUUUUCUCAGAUUAUGUAAUGUGAGUUCUAAUUUAGAGUCGGUGGUCUUUGUCCUUCUUAUUGAUGGGUUGAAAUUGUCUUGAAAAGUAAAGAUUUUGAGAACGGAUGUUGAGAUAUGUUUGUGCUUUGAUUGGAUUCAAACCUCCUGUUGAUCCCUGUAAUCUAUUAGUAUGUGAAAAUGAAAAUGCCUCUUAAUG